AUGGCUAAAGGAGGUUUGAAAACACAGUUGAAGAUCCAAAAGGAGGCUGACAAGGGAAAGAAGGUGGAGAAGAAGGCCGAAAAGAAGUUGGAGGCUGUAGAAAAGAGUAAACCAGUUGAAAAGCCUGUGGUGACUCCUGGUGAGUUGAAGAGAAUGAGAAAGGAAAAGAAAGAAAAGGAUGCCUACCAAAGUGGUGUUUUAUCCAAGAAGGAACAAAGACAAUUGAAGAAGGCUGAAGCCGAAGCCGAAGCUGCCGCUGCUGCCGAAGAAGAAGCUGAGCAAGAAGAUGAUGAAGAAGAAUCUGACGUAGAAGAUGUAGAAGAAGAAUUGGAUUUGGAAAGAUUGGCUGCUAGUGAAAGUGAAAGUGACAUCAAUGAUGAAGAAGACGAGGAUGAAGAUGAAGAAGAUGAAGAAGAUGAAGAAGAAGACCCAGAAGCAGGAGCUUCUGAAUCUGAAGCUGAAGAUAUUCCUCUCUCCGAUGUUGAAAUUGAUUCCGAUGCUGAUAUCGUUCCUCACACCAAACUCACCAUAAACAACAUGGCUGCACUUAAGGACUCCCUUGCUCGUAUUGAGCUCCCAUGGGCCAAGCAUUCCUUCCAAGAGCAUCAAUCUGUAGUUUCUGCUGACCAUACUGAAGCUUCCAUCAAGGAUAUUUAUGAUGACACUGAAAGAGAACUUGCCUUCUACAAGCAAGGUCUUGAUGCUGUCAAGCAAGCUCGUUCCACUCUUUUCAAGCUCAAGGUGCCGUUCUCCCGUCCUAUGGAUUACUUUGCGGAAAUGGUUAAGUCUGACGAACACAUGGACAAGCUUAAGAGUAAGUUAUUGACUGAAGCUGCCAACAAGAAGGCCUCUGAAGAUGCCAAGAAGCAAAGAUCCUUGAAGAAGUUCGGUAAGCAAGUUCAACACGCCACAUUACAAGACAGAGCUAAGCAAAAGAAGGAAUCUUUGGAAAAGAUCAAGUCUUUGAGAAAGCGUGGUAACAAUGAAUUCAGUAACGACGAUGAUUUCCAAAUUGCUUUGGAAGAAGCCACCCGUGAAGACCGUGACGGUAGUUCCGGUCAUGAUAACAAGAGAAGAAAGCCUAACGCCAAGCGUAUGGCCAAGGACUCUAAGUACGGUAGCGGUGGUAUCAAGAGAGGUAGUAGAAAGAAUGAUGCUCAAUCUUCCAUGGACGUUUCUGGUUUCUCGGCCAAGAAGAUGAAGGGUAAGACCGCUAGACCGGGUAAGAGUAAGAGAAGUAGAAGAGGUUAA